AUGGCUGAACAAGUUGCCAAACCAAGAGUGUCUAUUGAGUACUGCCCUAAAUGUCGCUGGAUGAUGCGUGCAGCUUGGAUGGGACAAGAACUACUUACUACAUUUGAGAAUGAGAUUGGAGAAUUUGCUUUAAUACCAGGAGGUGUUGGCAUCUUCACUGUCAAAGUAAACGACACUGUUAUUUGGGACAGAAAGAUCACACACAGGUUUCCCGAGAUGAAGGAAUUGAAACAACUUGUCAGAGACAUCAUUGUGCCAGAGAGAUCACUAGGCCAUUCUGACCGUAAAUCAACAGAUCAACCAAAGCAAGAAACACCUGCUGCUGCCGAAGAGUGCUCCACUUGCCCUAAAGAUUAG